CAACGGAAAGACUGUUUUUGUAAUUACGGUCACUACACAGACGAGCUGGUGGAAGUUUACCAUGAUGAUUUUAACGCGAGAGUGGGGAAGAAGGAGAAAAUUUGUUUACAGUUGAAGUGCCGCAGUCUCGGGUUAAAGUCGCAUUUUGUAUUCGCCCCCAAACUACGUCCAGCUUGCCCAAGGAUCAACGCCCCGCGGAUCCCGACAAAAGAAGUUGCUCGCUUCCCGCGCUUUUCCUGGCUACAUAGCAGCCGCGGAUCACUAUCUAUUCAGGCGUGCACGAAUCUGAAAAGUAACACAGAUCAACAAAUGCAGAACUGAACUUUCAAAACGAGCAAGAACAAUUCGAUUUGUGUAGCGUGCGAACCGUCAGCGGAGCGCGCGCGCCCUGUUUGCCGCGUUCUUUUCCAGCAGCCAACCGGCGACAAGGGACCCACAAAACCGCUCAUCCAUUGUCAUCCGCGGCUCGGGGCUAUUCAACUAUCGCAGCAGCUCUUUUUUUUGAUCCACAGAAGCUGCACGUCGGAGUUCUGACUCCAAAGCGGUCUUCGGCGCGCCGCACGAGGCUAGGUCGUGACGCGGAGGCCGCUCAUCUACGCCAAGACCCACGGCUCGGAUUCCGCCCGAUCGAUCGGGAGCUGCGCUGGCUGCGCGGACAUCGUUUUGUUUUUAUUUAUUUUGUUUUCUUUCGCCGUCGACAUCCGGGAAACGAAACCGACGAAACGUCGGUGAUGGCGACCGUGGUUGGAACGGCGCACUACGGGUCGGCACUUUGUCGCCCGCGUAAACCGAGGUGGGGUUGAGACCCUGGUUCGGGCCGUGGCCGACGCCGAACGAGACAUGCCGUAGAACUCUCCGCUUUGCCCAGGGCCAUUUUCGAACCCCAGCAACCCUAGUCAGUAGGAAACCAGCAGCCCUAGAUAAUCCCUCCCAGCAGUCAGAGGCACCCUAGUCAGAGGCACCAGUAGAAGGAAGAGCACCAGGAAGCUAAACCAUGAGCGGAAUGACAGAAGACGUGGCGGUUCCCGAAGAAGAGCCCGACUACUCUGUCUUCGAGAACAAGACGGGACUGGCCGAAGACAUGAAGUUCCUGGCUAGCAUGCCGGAGCUCUGUGACGUAACGUUCCUCGUGGGGGACACGAGAGAGCCCGUCUGUGCCGUCAAGGCAGUGCUGGCCGCGCGUAGCAGGGUGUUCCACAAGAUGUUGUACGGUUUCCAAGGAGUGCCAACUCGGGAACGGGACACGGCGUCCAAAAAACGGGAUCUGAGCAAAGAGACAAAAUUGAAGUUGUUUUUGAAGAGGAGCAGUGAGCCCAUAUUGAACAUACAGUUUCCUCAAGCACAGACCCACCAGACUUUGAUCAUUGAAGAGUUUGAACCCGAUGUCUUUAGGCAGCUCAUUGAAUACAUACACACGGGGUGCGUGACCCUUCAAGCACGGACCUUGCUGGGUCUGAUGAACGCUGCCGACUAUUACGGACUGGAGGAGCUGAGGAAAGGUUGCAUGGGUUUUGUUCAGUGCUGCAUUAGCGUUGACACAGUGUGUGCCCUGCUUGCUUCGGCUGAGCGGUACAUUCAGUAUAAGUGCACCAAAUCGUUGGUCCAGAGGGUGCUCGAGUUUGUAGACAACCAUGGCAAUGAGGUUCUGAGCCUUGGCUCCUUUGCCCUCUUACCCGAGCACGUGGUGAGGCUCAUCUUGUCUCGUGAAGAACUGACGGCAGAUGAACUCACCAAAUUUCAGGCGGCCGUGCACUGGAGCAAGCGCUACUGCGACACCAUGCCCGAGGCUGAACUGCGAGAGGUCAUGGGCAACUUCCUCGAGUGCAUAGAGCUGUACAAGAUCCCCGCGGGGAUCAUCAUGCGGGAGGUCCACCCCCUCGGAGUUGUGCCCGACCACAUCAUCAUGAACGCCCUGGCCUACCAGGCAGAUCCCUCGAGCGUCGACAUGAACAAGAUCAGCUCGCCCAAUCGUUUCCGACGCUCCACCGUCUUCAGUGUGUCACCACUCAGGUCGAUGUCCAUCGCGGACCCGUCCCCCGAGAAGCCCCCCGAGAGCGACAACCAGAUCAACGCCGAGGUGGACAAAGCCAACGUCAAGACGCGGGGCCGCAGCAAGAGCACCUUUUCUCGUCCCUACCGGCGCAGCAAGACCCUGGCCGAGAGCUAAGUGGGCCUCACGGGGCGACAGGGCGGAGGAAGGCACACGUGUGCAUGUGCGCAUGUAUGGCGGAACCACGCACAUCGAGUCUGCCAGGCAUGAACGCGCCUAGGGUCUCCGAGUACUCCUGGGGUCAUGGAAGAAGCGUGGUUGUCGAACUGAUGUCGGAACCGAACUGCUCUUCACAUUGAAUGUGUACACAUCUACACAUUUGUCAUGUCUUGGAACUACCGAAGGCAGCUAGCUGCUUUUCCCUUUAAGCGUGCAUGCACGUCCACAUAUUCCGGGGGAUCGGUGGCCAAGUGUGUUAUCACACCGCGGCUUGGAGCAUGUGGAGCGACAGCUUGCGCUGCUGAACCCACCCCUGCCCUACGGGCAGGGGUGGUGCUGAUCCAGAUCUGGAUCAGCAUCGUAUUGGCAGCGUGUGGUGGUGUUUCACUACCGCGUGAUGCACAGUAAAGAACACCAGACCAGCAGUGGUACUGCACUGGCAAAAUUCUUCAUCUACAGCGGAGACACCAGCUGCCCGUCGGGGCUGACUAACUUCCCACGGUCUAAACUUGCAACACAAUUACCUUUUUACACAUUCAUUAAGUCUUGGCAUACAUUCACAGUAAAAGGUUAGAGAAACGUAGAUGCCGACAGGGACGAGCAGAGCGUUUGAAAGAGACUUGUAGGUGUGAAAUGUGCGCAUUUCACAUCUGGGAGUUUCCUCAUGCUCACCGCUCACCUCGGCAAAAUCAGCUGGCAUCAUUGUGGCUUCGAGCAGUCGACAUUGCGCAGUGCAGUGCCCUGGGAGUACUCAGCGACCCUGGGCUUGCCAGGCCGAAGGUGUGGAGUGAAGUCUGCCCUGUUGGCACAAGUGGUGGGGAGAAAACUAGUUCAUUAUGUCCGUCACUGCCGAAAUUGGACUGUCGAGGAAUGCCGAGUUGUUGCCAUUAGGGUGUUGUGGAUUGGUGUUAAGCUUUACAAACAUUGUUGGUGUAUUUCUGUGAUGUCCCUAUGGAAACCUAUUGAGGUGUUGCAAAGGUGUUUGCAUGCCACAUUCUGGAAUUGUGCAUUCAGAUUUUGGGGAAGGAUAAUAAUUUUGCAAUCUGCAGCAAAGCUUGAAAUUUCAAGUUGAUCAGGUGACUGGUGUUUCCUGCAUCCUGUUGCAUAGCACAAAUGCUGAGUGCUUGUUGAGUAAUGGAGGUUAGUUUAUCGUCGUAACAAGAAAUUGAUGAGAUAUUGGCCCAUAUUCACCCCCUACCUACUGUGAGGCGCAAACGGCUCCAGCAUCUGACAUGGCGGCACUUAAAAUCGUGGGUUAUUCAGACACCUUGUAGUGUGUUAAAUGGCAAAGAUUUGACAUUUGGGAUAUUGGUUGUGUCUUACAGUGACACACACUUAGUGCCACUCUCUCCACUGGAGAGAUAUGUAAGUCGGGAGAGGUAUGCAAUCCACUGCAUUUAUCACUAUGAACGUGUUUCUCCACUUCUCAUUGCCUAAGUUUGUGUGAGUGUUCUUUCCUUUUUAUUUGGGUGACUACUAUGCACUUCCCAUGUUUGGUAAGAGCAGUUGCCUGCUUGUCUAAGCCCAGAAGAUUUUGCUGAGAAGUUCCAAAGUACUGGUGAGAGCAUUGACACAAUGUCUUCACAUUGGUAGCUCUGUUCCAAGCUAAUUGCUCAAGCCAUGCUGUGAAAAUCGGAGCAGGCAGCUAAUCUCCACUUUGUCUGCAUGUCCACCCAUUGUUCUGUGUUGUGAACCACUUUUUUUUUUUAUUGUAAGCCUGUGCUUAGAACCUUGUUGAGAUUGACUUGUGCUCCACAUAUCAUUUUUGUCAGUGCUGUAACGUCUCAGAUGUCACAUUCUGAUCUGUUUAUGUGGUCCUUGGAGUGCAAUAGAUUCUUCUCCCCUUUUCUGAGCUAGUGGGAAAAUGGCACAUGAGGAUGUUUGCGAAGCUAAACUUUUGCAGUAAAUUUUCAAUAUUAGUGUGCUACAGUGCAGCUUUUCAAAGUUAACCAUUGCAUUACAAACAUUUUUUUUUUUUUUUCAAUAUAUGACAAAGGUUGGUUUAUAUUGUCUGGGUGUUAUAUAUUUUCCUUUUGAAGAACGUUAAAAGGGGAAUGAAUGUAGCUAUAGGUUUGAAACCGCAUGUCGUUUUUCCGCAUUUCCAUAUUGUCACUGAAACAUGCACUAGAUGCAAAGUAGCUCCGAGCAAAGUAAAUUUAGCUCCUGCGAGGACUUCGGCAUCACUGAUGUUUGUAGUUUCACUGGAUACUGUAUAACUCAAUCUUUGCAGCUGUUACAAGGACACAAAAGUGAUACUGUUGGCAUAGUAGCUCCUGCCUGCAUGUUUGUUUUAGCAUUGAAGAUGUUGCAGCUCGGAAACCCGUGUAAUUCACAGGAAAAACAACACACCAUCGCACCACAUUCCGAGCACAGUUGUGUUGUACAAGUAUUGUUUCUGGCUAUUUUGGAAAGACAUUAGGCAUUUUGUGCUGUGAACUAGUUCCUGUCCCUUGUGGAAUGUUUCCCGUGACGUAGUCUAUUUUUCCAAAGAUGUAUUUUUGUAAAGUCUGUUAAAUAAAGUGUUGAUGCGGUUUCCCUGGUUC